AUGAAAGCCCAAGGUCUUCUGCUUGUGGCGUCCCCUGCAGCAGGUACCAUCUGCUGCACAAGCUCGCAAAAUCAACAUGCCAGGCUCUAUCUGUUGCGCGACCAGGCUACGUCAUGCCACUAUGCAGCCAGGGUGCACACACCACUGCCGAUUUCGGGUCACUGGCCAGCCCAGCUGCAGUGGGCUGAUGAUGUCAAACGUCCAAUCGUACAUUGGCAGGCAGUCCACCAACAAGGCUCUGUCGAAGCCCUCAACGUUCUCCUGGACCAGUAUCGGUUCCUGGAUGGUUCGUCUCAAUGCCACCCAGAUAAAGAAGUGGGCGCGGGACAUGGCGCUGUCGAAAUCGCGAAGGCCGAAAGGACUUACAUCCGUACAUGGCGUUCCUGCUACGUGCAACAUGCCGACGGUGUCGUCGAUGCUGCACUCCUGCUCGUGUCUGAGGCAGUAGGCGUGCCUGGCGUGGCAGGGUCAACUGUCCAAGUGUGUGUUUGCAGAAUCUGUGCAACUAUGAACCAAGACAGUAAAGAGUCAAGAGCAUUGCUGGCCCGGAUGCUUCCGGAUGGCUCGGUCUUUCAGCACCAUGGGCAGCAGGUGCGUGUCUAUCCGACCACUACGCUGCCACUCGUCCAGGCUGUCACGCAAAGGCUGCUUCAGAAAGACUGUGAUGUCACCGUAGAGGCAAUCUGGAGGAUGAGGAUGGAUGAGGAGCUCCGUUUGUGCAGCCUUGCUCCACUCCUGGUAGUUCCGGGCAACAACUAUUGCUCCUUGUGUGCCUACCUACCUCUCCCGACUCCUAACUACAAGACAAUUACCUGCUGA